CACAUGCGAUUGCACACCCGAGUGCUUUUAAUUUCGUCUCCUGGUGGAUACGCAACAUUUGGUACACAUCCCAUCUAACUGAGGCACCCCAGCGAGUGAGUUUCUGUGAGCUAAUCCAUCAUUCCCUUUAUCCUUCCGGUAGGUGCAGGCCCCCGAUAAAACAAGCGCCAAACAGAAAGCUUGGCAUCAUUACCCACCCCCGGAACCCAACAACAAAGUACAAACCCCGCAACUCGAUCCGCCCCUCAACUUCGACUCCACUACAAUGCCCUUUCUCAGCCUCCCUAAUGAGUUGAUUCUCCAAGUCUCUGGCGAUCACCCCCCGCCAGAGGUCAAUGCUCUCUUGAGGACCAACCGCCGUCUUUCAUACCUCCUCUCACAUACCUUAAUCGAUAGCAUCUUUCGUAGCCGCUCUGGAAAGUACGGGAGGCGGGCCCUCUAUGUCCUUGCUCAGGCGGAAGAUAUCGACGCAAUUCGUAACCUUCUGGAUAGGGGUGUUUUAAAAUUGGAUGGGAAUGCAUGCUUGCUGAACGACGCUGUUCUUACCCAGAGCGCAAAAGUAGUUUCAGUACUGGUCAAGUGCGGUGUGAGUACUGUCACAAGGGACUUUGACGACCGCACUCCACUGGCACUCGCGGCCAUGAAAGGUGAUAAGGAUAUGGUUGAGGUCCUCCUCGGGAAUGUAGGAGGUGAUGAGGUUAACUCGGUGGACCGCGCAGACGAAACACCGUUACACCUCGCAGCCAAAUCAGGACAUGGCGGCGCGGUAGAGCUGUUAUUAAAAAACAAGAAAAUUCACGUUAACCCACGGACCUUCAGGUACACCACCCCCCUGCUCAUGGCGGCCAAGAACAACCAUGAGGUGGUGCUCCGGCUUCUUCUGUGUCAUAGAAGAAUCGACGUUAAUUCCUCCGACCUCUCCGGCUGCACACCCCUCCACGCUGCCGCCGAUGGCGGCCACGCAAACAUUGCUUACGCGCUCCUGGAGCAUCCCAGAACUGACCCCAAUCCAAAAGACCAAGACGGAGAGACCCCCAUGCACUCCGCUGUGCGAUUCGACCGGCGAGAAGUCAUCAAAGUGUUACUCGCCGACGGGAGAGUAGACGUUAACGCCCAAGACAACCGCAACCGGACUCCGCUUUACAUGGCUGCAGACCUCAGUUACCCAGCCGUAGCUAAGCUCCUCCUGAGUCUCAUCCUAACAAAUCCCAACACCGCUGACUACGAGGAAAAAACUCCACUACAUAAGGCGGCAGAGCGUGAGCUCGGGUUAAUUGCGCAAAUCCUCUGUGAUGACCCCAGGACGAACAUGAAAUUAAAGGACAGAGAUGGGCGCACUCCUUUAGCCCUCGCCUCUUGGAUGGGCCACGAGGAUAUCGCGCAGGUUCUGGUUGAUUGUGCGAAGGUGCGGGCGGAGAAAGCGGCUAUUCUUCAGGCGAGCUUACCCACAGCGACUGUAACGGCUACGCCUGGGAGGCGAGUAUUAGAGCCAUUUUCCGCUCCUGUGAUCAGAUACCCGGCCCGCCGUUGAAAAUCUUGAAAUGAGUCUUCCCCUCAAUUAAUGUGGGAUGACCUAGUACUUGCUCUAUGAGCUAUCUAUCUGUUUGUCUACUUUGUCACUAUUAUCACACCCCUUGUCCGGAACUGGUUUCUUUCUACUUUCUUUUUCAUUUUGCUUUACCUUGAGUGCUUCGGAAAGUGAUCUUAGUGCAUUGACAAAGUUAACUUUUGCAAACAAAAUAUGUCUACAACAAACAUGACUGUCGGGCCUGUCUAUGGUAUGAUGAUGAUGUCAAGGCCGGCAGUCGGGAUUCGACUGUGCUUUAAAUUACUCUGGUACUGUUUUUCAUGGCUAUGAUUUUUUUACCGACAAUGAGAUUAGUUCCUUUGUAAU